UUGGGCUUUGUGCGCCAGGGAGGAAUACACAAAAAAAGUGCCGUUAUUUUUUAUCGGGAUAUCUUUGCUCUUGCUCUUUUUUUCAAAAGAGUUUGUGUCAUCUGUUUAGACCGAUCUCUCCAGCAGAGAGUUUCCUCUAUGAGUUUCCAGUCCGUUCCCAGUAGCGCCUGAUCCCGGUGGGAAAAAAAUGACGAUCCACGUCGAGGGUCUCGUGGCCAUCGUCCUCUUCUACGUCCUGAUUCUGUUCGUGGGGAUCUGGGCCGCGUGGAAGAACAAGAACUCUGGAGUCGGUGAAGGCGGAGACCGCAGUGAGAGUAUCAUGGUCGGGGGCAGAGACAUUGGGCUGUUCGUGGGGGGAUUCACGAUGACCGCCACCUGGGUAGGUGGGGGAUACAUAAAUGGAACAGCAGAGUAUGUCUACCUGCCAGACUACGGCCUGGCCUGGGCGCAGGCACCCUUUGGUUACGCUCUCAGCUUGGUAUUAGGUGGGCUUUUCUUUGCUAAACCAAUGCGAUCACGCGGCUACGUCACGAUGCUGGACCCUUUCCAGCAGCUCUAUGGAAAACGGAUGGGGGGGCUGCUUUUCAUUCCUGCCCUCAUGGGAGAAAUCUUCUGGUCUGCUGCCAUCCUGUCUGCCCUGGGUGCCACUCUGAGUGUGAUUGUGGACAUAAACAUCAACUUGUCUGUGGUGAUCUCAGCGCUCAUAGCCAUCUUUUACACGCUCGUUGGAGGACUCUACUCUGUCGCAUACACAGAUGUGGUCCAGCUGUUCUGCAUCUUUUUGGGCUUGUGGAUCAGCGUGCCUUUUGCCCUUUCCAAUCCUGCUGUGUCAGACAUCGGGGUUUCAGCCAAGGAAGCAAUCUAUCAGUCACCCUGGCUGGGCAAGAUCAAGCCUGAAGACAACUGGCUGUGGGCAGACAACUUCUUUCUGCUGAUGUUGGGAGGGAUUCCCUGGCAGGUCUACUUUCAGCGGGUUCUUUCUGCCUCUUCAGCGACCUACGCUCAAGUUCUCUCCUUCCUCGCCGCCUUCGGCUGUUUAGUCAUGGCCGUCCCGUCCGUCCUCAUAGGCGCCAUCGGAGCUUCCACGAACUGGAAUCAAACGACUUAUGGUUCCAUCGCUCCGAAGGACAAGGAUGAGUCUGACAUGAUCCUUCCCAUAGUGCUUCAGCACCUCUGCCCGCCCUACAUCUCCUUCUUCGGACUGGGAGCGGUGUCGGCAGCGGUGAUGUCAUCAGCAGACUCAUCCAUACUGUCAGCCAGCUCCAUGUUUGCCAGGAACAUUUAUCAGCAAGCCUUUCGGCAGAUGGCUUCGGAUUCUGAGAUCGUUUGGGUGAUGCGCCUCACCAUCUUUGUGUUUGGAGCUCUAGCCACAGCUAUGGCGCUUUUAACUGGAUCCGUAUACGGCCUUUGGUACUUAAGCUCCGACCUUGUCUACGUCAUCAUCUUCCCCCAACUUCUCAGUGUGUUGUUCGUCAAAGGUACCAACACGUACGGCUCCGUGGCAGCAUAUAUCUUUGGACUCUUGCUGCGCAUUGGUGGAGGGGAGCCUUACCUAAAACUGCCUCCAUUCAUCUAUUACCCCGGCUGGGUGACUGUGGAGAGGGUCCACCACAUCAAUGGAGACGUUGAAUACUUCGUCCAGCAGCGGUUCCCCUUCAAGUCCGUGUCCAUGGUGGCGUCUUUCCUAGCAAACGUGGUCUUCUCCUACCUGACAAAGUACUUAUUCGAAAGCGGCAUGCUGUCUCACAAGUACGACUUCCUGGACGCGGUCGUGUCCAAGCACAGCAAAGAGAUCAUGGACAAGGCCACGCUGGUAAGCAAUCACGAUAACAUUAUUCUUUCAGAGAUGGCUCCGGUCAGGCAAGCCCUCGGUGCUACGCUUGCUGGGACCUUCACCAACACCGAGGCCCUGAGCGACGACGGCGAGUCGAGUCCGGAGUCCUAUCACAGCGAGAACUAGACCACAAAACGCACAAAGAAAACUUGAACCGAGGAAUGUGAAAGGGGAAGAGAGACUCAGUUGGCGUCCUUCAGGAAACUUGUUACUGCCACACUGUGAGCCAGAUCAGCAGAAACAUUCUGCGGCUUCCAAGUGACUCCACAAGUUAUGUCGGUGAAUCGGUGCCUCCUCUGUCUGUUCAUAUUUCCUCUCUAAAAUCUCAUCUCUGACUCUAUAUUGUAUAAAGCUCCCAAUUGUUUUAGUUUUUCUGACCAUGGCUCUGUGAAUUUACAACGGUUUUAGUUUAAAUGCUACUGCUGUAGUGGAGCGAUAAAGGAAAAUUGUCUUUCAAGGUUGCUGGUCUUGAAAAAUGUGCAUUAGAACUAAGAAGCAGCUUUAAUGUCUGAUUGUCUUAGCUCAGGUUACAUGUGUUGAUGCAUAUACAGUGCCUUGCAAAAUUAGUAAUUCCCCUUAAACUUUUGUGAAAUAUCAGUGUAUCUUGUUAGGAGUUUAUAUGAUAGACUCACAGAAAGUUGGAUCAUUGGCUGUUGCAGCUGCAUGUCGUUCAGGGUAAUUUUUGGCAUUAUUCUUUGCAAAAUCACAGGUUCUGCCCAGAUUAAACAGAGAGCAUCUGUAAACAUCAGGGGCUUUUUUUUAUUUGACCUGCAGAUUUAGGUCUGGACUUUGGUUGUGCCAUUUGAAUGCAUGAAUAUAUUUUGAUCUGCAUUCAGUGCUAUUAUGCCUUACUUUUAACAAUCAAUUUUUGACAGAAUUACGACGGAAUUUGAGAGCCAAACUAAGAAAAUUACAACAAUAAAAUUGUACAUGUUCUUUUCAUAAUUAUGCACUAUGUUUUGGUCUAUCAUAUUCAAUCCUAAUAAAAUACAACAUGAUUUAUGAUCGGAUCACAUAAAAUGUCAAAAGUUCAAGGGAUAUGAACAGCUCUGCAAGGCACUGUAGGUAUGCCUGUGAACAAAGCAGCUUUAAGUGACUGAUCCAUGAUGGUUUUGUUGAGUAGUGUUAAGUUUGCAUAGAAACUUUAUCAAUAGAGCAAUAAUACUUCAAGAAUCUUAGUUUUAUUUUCAGCCUUUUGCUGCUAAACCACUGAAAAAAUAGACAUAUGAGCUCAACAAUAGAUGUAUUUAUUGUUUUUCAUCUGGUUUUUAGACUAUUCAACCAUCAGACUGGUGCAAAGUGCUAUUAUACCCAUUCAGCUUUCAAGCGUCACAGAAACAAUCAUUCAAGUAACUAAGGCUUUGGGGACGUCUGUUUGCUGCAACGCGCUUAGCAUCGAGAUGCUACUUUCGGCUUGAACCGUUUUAGUAAUUAUCCAACUCCUUUUUGCUUCGAAACAAUAGUUUGUUUUUGUGCUUUUUACAGCAUUCACUAGAAUGUUUUAGAAGGAAAAAUUAGUAGCCAGUGGGACAAGAAAAGCGGAUAUUCUUGUCCAUUGCUGUUAGCGGACGGCGCAUGUGCGUCAGAUUCUAGGGCGUACCAGAAACACAACACAAAGGUUCCGGCUUGGGACUUGUUAAGAAAACAAAACGCGAUUAAUUUCGUUUAAAUGUUUUAACACAUUCAAAUCUAUUUAAUUGAUUAAUCAAAAUAAACACAUUCAAAUCCUGGCUUUAAUAAAUUACUGUUAUUCAAAUGUUCAUUUGUUUUAGUAACCCUGUCAGUAUAUAGAUUAAUAACAUUUACGUUUUGGGGUCUUUAUUUUGAUUAUGUAUGUUGAUUUUCUCCUAGCUAAUGAAAUUUGAAUUUGAGGAAAUUGUUAAAUAGUGAUCACUGCAGCUUUAACAUGUUCAGAUAUUUUGAAUUUCAUCACUCUGGUAUAGAAAUAUUUGCGGAUCAAAGACAAAUCAUUGUCCUAGCGGGUAAAAAAAAGUUUUUGUCUGUCUUGAUAUGCUGUAAUCAAAUCUCUUGGUGUGUGUUGUGGCAACCGGUACAGUAGUGUGUUUAUGUUGGUGUCUUGUAAGAUUCUGCUGUGCAAUUAACAUAGAACAGGCAUACUCAUUAAAACAGAAAUGAGAUAGAUAA